AUGACAGACUCUCCCACAACUACAUCACCACCACCCCUCCGCAUCGGCGUCCUCCUCUUCCCGGGCUUCCAAGCCCUCGACGUCUUCGGCCCCCUCGACGUCCUCAACGUCCUCUCCUGGUCCACCAACACUCCCUCACCCACCUCCCCAUCUCCAACUCCAACCCCACCCAUAUCCCUAACCCUCCUCUCCACCACCCUCAACCCCAUAUCGACCCUCCCCCCCUCCCUCCCCAACGCCCUCUCCCAAUCCAUCCUCCCAACAGCAACCCUCACCUCCUCUCCGCCGCUCGACGUCCUCCUCAUCCCCGGAGGCUGGGGCACUCGCGCCCCGCUCCCCGAACACAUCGAGUACAUCCGCUCCGUCUACCCGUCCCUCAAGUACCUGUUGACCGUGUGUACGGGUGGGAAGUUAGCUGCCAGGGCGGGCGUGCUGGAUGGGAAGAGAGCCACGACGAAUAAGAAUGAUUGGGAGAGUGUGGUUAGGGAUGCUCCCCGCGUGGAGUGGGUGAGGGAGGCGAGGUGGGUGGUUGAUAAGUCUGCUGGGGAGGGUUUAGAGGUGUGGAGUUCGGCUGGUGUGAGUGCCGGUGUGGAUUUGAUGUUUGCUUGGGUGGAGAGUAUUUGGGGGGAAGAGGUCGCGGGGAAGGUUGAGAGGGUGUUGGAGUUUAGGAGGUGGAGGGAGGGGGGGAGGGAUCCGUUUGUUUAG